UUAAAGGAGAAUGCCCAUUUCAGGCCCAUAGUGGACAGCUAUCUUAAGAUGAUUUACUUUGUCCAGAAAUGUACCAUAAAGAGACAUGAUUUUUGAUAACAUUUAAAUAAGCGCCACUAUAAUCAGUAAUAUUUCAAUAAAAAAGGGAAUUUUAUUAGUAUCUAAGCAUCUAAGCACAUAAAUAAAACAUAGUUGAGGUGAAAUGUUGCCCGAAGAUAAAAUAUUUUUACUAUGAUCAAUCGAUCCGGUUAUCGAUUUAUAAACGAAUAAAAUGAACUCAGGUUAAAUACAAAUAAUGGGCCGCUGUUGGUAAUUCUAUGUGGAAUUAACCAAAAGCAAAUAUUUAUCUUAAAACCAAUAUGUCCGUUUGUUACUUUAUACAAUAAAGAUAAAAAAGUCAUAUCGAUUGUUUUUUUACGUAACCGAUUUAUCGAUUUCAUUUUUUUGUGACAAGCGGCAACACUGAUGACUGAAAUGUGAAUGACAUUUUUCAAACGAAUGAAACUUUUGAAUGUUCGCUUGUUGCUUACUGCUCAAUGUGGAUGCGUUUUGUUUUGUUUUCGAUUUCUUUCACCGCGACCUGGCUUUCUUUCCUGAACUUGUUCCGGCUUUUCACGUACGACUUUGGCAUUAUUUUACUGGUUUUGUUCUCUCCUUCUACGAUAACUUGGCUCUGGAUUAAAGGAUUACGCUAUUUGAUUUUGCACACCAAAAUGUCUGAAGAACAUUGUGUAAAUUGUGGUAAUAAUGUUACCGAGAACCGUAUUUUAGAGCCCGAAGAAAUAAGCGUAAUACAGCAGUGGGUUGCACCGCAGCAGGUGUCAGGAGAUAAUGUUGUUUGCCACAAUUGCUGGGUAGCAAUAACUGAAAGUCUUGCACUACAACAAGGGCUAGAUGACUCUGUGCGUCUGAAUCGCUGUAUAAAUUGUGAUCGAUCGAUAAGAAGAAUCAGAAAUCACGAAUUACAAACUAAUUCGGAUAGAGAAAGCCUCAUUAGAAAUGUAAUAAUAGAAUGGAUUUCUCCACGAGAGAUUUUGUCAUCAAGCCGCAUCUGUCAUCCAUGCUGGCAGAGAGCAGACAGGGCCUCGGCAGCAUCAACAUCUGCUACUACAAGUAAUUCAGAAAUAAUUCUACCAAAUUACACGCGAGCUUCCAAUACACAAAGAUGCUGUAUUUUCCCUGACUGCCUAGAAACGGAAAGAAUACACAUUCCUCUGUCAAUUCGGGUGAGGCUGUUGUGCGAUUUAUCGUUUUAUGUUCCACAAAACUGUCGCAUCUGUAACUUUCAUUUGAGAAGCCGUUUAUGGGAUAAUUUAAUUGUUGAAGAUGGAAACCAUAGUUUUACUGCAGCAUUUAUUGAAGAUUUGGUAUCAUUGUUAAAAAAUCAGAUUGGUCAUAAUAUUGAUUUUCAAAAUAUUGAAGACAGUGAUGAUCACUUAGUUUAUUAUUGGCUCGGAAUGUCCAAACAUCAAUUUAGACAAAUAUUGGAUGAGGUUCCUCGACUAAAUAAUGCACACAGAGGUGCCACUGCACUUGCUGCAUACUUAACAAAACUGAGGACUGGUGAUUCAGACCAAAGACUCUCUACGCUGUUUAAGAUUCCUAGAAGUACUUUAGAGAGAUUAAUGUCAAUUGCUAGAGAAUUUCUGACUCAAGAUUUUGUACCACAAAAUCUGGGUAUAGAGCAUAUGACCCGACAAAACAUUGCUGAAAGGAAUUUAAUAAUUCCUAAUGGAUUAUUUGGAAGCACAAACCAAAUUAAACCUAUAGUAAUCAUGGAUGGAACCUAUGUAUUUAUUCAAAAAAGUUCAAAUUAUAAAUACCAAAAACAGACAUACUCAAUGCAUAAGCUAAGUAAUCUAGUGAAACCAUUUCUUAUAACAUGCACGGAUGGAUAUAUUUUAGAUGUCUUAGGGCCCUAUCCAGCAACUAUGUCAGAUGCUGAUAUACUUAAAAAUGAAUUUAUUUCUGAAAAUACACCAUUGAGGAGAUAUUUUCAACCCGGUGAUGUAUUCAUAUUAGAUCGAGGAUUUAGAGAUUCUUUACCACUACUGAGAGAAUGUGGGUAUUCAAUUCAAGUUCCAUCCUCAAGAGAAGAAGGUGAAUCACAACUAUCUACCCUUGAAGCUAAUCAUUCUAGAAAAGUGACUAUUUGUCGCUGGGUUGUUGAGGUCAUCAAUGGUGUAUUUAAACAGGCAUUUAAAUUGUUCCGGCAAGAGUUUUUUAAUCGAGCAUCAUCUCACAUGAUGCAAGACUUUGCAAUUGGUGCAGCAUUAAUAAAUAGGUUCCAUCCUAGAAUAUUAGACAGACCUGAUGCAAGUCAAAUAUUAUCAGUAAUAAAUGAAAAAAUGUUAAUUCAUAACACCUUAGCGGAUCAUGUAAAUGAACUUAAUUUAAAUCGCUGGAGGGCUCGAUUUGUGAAUAUUAAUGUUGGCUCUGAUAAUUUGACUAACUUUCCACGCUUAACAAUGGAUGAUUUAAUAUUAAUAGCUUGUGGUACUUACCAAAUAAAACAAGCGAGAUCUUACUAUGGGGAACAUAUCAGAGCCAAUGGUAUGUAUACUAUUGAGAUAUAUAGAGAACAAAACAGAAGACUACCAAGCCUAUUAAUUAAUGAAAACUGCUGGCUAUUACGUGCAAAAAUACAAAGCAGACAUGUAAAUCGAAAGGUAUAUUUUAUAUAUAUUAAAAUAAAUAACAAUUUUGUUGGCAGAGAUGCAAUUGAAUUAUAUUAUUGCAAUUGCAUAGUAGGGAAACGUACGGUAGGCUGCUGUUCACAUGUUAUGACUGUUCUUUGGUAUAUAGGUUGGGCUAGAUUUCAGUCAAAUAUAUGCCCUCCAGCACUAUUUUUAGAUGAUUUGUUGAUAGAAUAUGACAUUGAAGAAAAUAUAGAUACUUAA